CCCAACGUCUUCAAUCAAUCUAAACGCGCUCCACGAUACCUUCGUACGCUGCAACACUUCUUCUUCUUCGUCGAGAAGUUUCUCUUCUCCAUCAUCUCUCCGAUGCCAACCUCUGCCGAUUCUUCUUCUUCUUCUUCUUCUUCUUCUUCUUCUUCUUCUUCUUCAUUUCUUGAUUGCGCUACUCCGAAGAGUCUGAGCGUUCAACUCGUGUCUAAAUUGGCGUCGGAUCGCCUUCUCGGCAAGUUCUUCGAUGCCUCGAAAUUCGACUUCGAUUACGAACAGAGUAGUUUGUGGUCUCCGCCGAUUCCGCGGCGAGUGUUUCUGGAUUCGCCGGCUGAUGUUUGCUCUGGUUAUGAGGUUCUCUCGAAGCUUGAGAAUGCGAAGAAGGCAUGGAGGAAACUUAUAACUUGUUUCGGAGGAUUGUUGUGUUCUUAGAAUCAUUGAUUCCACCUUACAACUUUUGAGCAAUUCUCUCCCAUUAUGAUCCGCGAUUCAAAAUGAUUCAGGAAAAAAUGAA